UCGUCGUAACAUCGGGACAAAUCGCGACACGAACGAAUAACGAUGAUCUUUCGCUCGUAUCGGGUGGUGGCACGGUGAGAAUCAACCGGUAACCGAGAUUCUUUUCGCUCGAGAGUCGGGAUAAACGAACGGCGAGUCUAGUGUUGAGUAAAACGUAUGCUGUAAAAUAUCGGUGACAGAAGAGGUUAGGCGUAGAGGAAGGGAAGGAAGAACGGACUGUGAGAUCGUUGGCUUCGUCGAGUGUCGAGGCGAGUAGAGCUAGUGUUCAUUGUGCCAGCCAACGGUUUACUUCGACCAGCGCCAUCGUGACAAGGCAGCAUCGACAUGGAGGAUACGGAAGCGGAAUAGUGUCGUUGAGAUGCCGUGAAGCAGUUCCCGAGACAUGAAGAGAGCGCGACCGUGGGCCGCGUGGGUUUCUCUGAGUCGGGACCGACGAUAGCAGAGCCGCGAUAAAAAUGAGCAUUCUAAACGCGGAUUCGGAGAACCGCGUGACCCUGAACGUGGGCGGUAUCCGGCACGAGACGUACAAGGCGACCCUGAAGAAGAUCCCCGCGACCAGGCUGUCGAAGUUGACCGAGGCCCUCGCCAAUUACGACCCGGUCUUGAACGAGUACUUCUUCGACAGGCAUCCGGGGGUCUUCGCCCAGGUGCUCAACUACUAUCGCACGGGGAAGCUCCAUUACCCGACCGAUGUGUGCGGCCCCUUGUUCGAGGAGGAGCUCGACUUUUGGGGCCUCGACUCCAAUCAGGUGGAGCCGUGUUGCUGGAUGACGUACACCCAGCAUCGGGACACGCAGGAAACGCUGACAGUCCUCGACAGGUUGGACCUCGAUACCGAGAAGCCCACCGACGAGGAACUGGCAAGGAAGUUCGGUUUCGAGGAGGCGUACUACGAGGGCACCCUCACGUGGUGGCAAAAGCUCAAGCCCCAGAUGUGGUCGCUCUUCGAUGAACCGUAUUCCUCCCUUGGAGCCAAGGUGAUCAGCAUAGUCUCGGUCCUGUUCAUCUGCAUCUCUAUCCUGUCGUUCUGCCUGAAGACGCAUCCGGACAUGCGCGUGCCGGUGAUCGUGAACCGUUCGGUGAACACGGGGAACGGGAGCUCCUGGGCGGUGGACAAAACGCACACGAACGCUCACGACUUCUUUUUCUACAUCGAGUGCGUGUGCAACGCCUGGUUCACCCUCGAGUUCCUAAUACGGAUCACCGCGAGCCCGAACCGGUGCGUGUUCAUCAAGAGCUCGGUGAACCUGAUCGACAUGGUGGCGACGUUGAGCUUCUACCUCGACCUGGCCCUCCAACGCUUCGCAUCCCACCUCGAGAACGCAGACAUCCUCGAGUUCUUGAGCAUAAUACGAAUAAUGAGACUGUUCAAGCUGACACGCCACUCGUCCGGCCUCAAGAUCCUGAUCCAGACGUUCCGCGCGUCCGCCAAAGAAUUGACCCUGCUAGUCUUCUUCCUGGUCCUCGGUAUCGUGAUAUUCGCAAGCCUGGUUUAUUACGCGGAGCGUACCCAGUACAAUCCGAAGAACGACUUCAAGAGCAUACCGUUGGGCCUGUGGUGGGCCUUGGUCACGAUGACCACGGUCGGUUACGGGGACAUGGUGCCCAAGACCUACGUGGGCAUGUUCGUGGGCGCCCUCUGCGCCCUGGCCGGUGUGCUAACCAUCGCCCUGCCGGUGCCCGUGAUCGUCAGCAACUUUGCGAUGUAUUACAGUCACACGCAGGCGCGAGCCAAGCUGCCCAAGAAGAGGCGCCGCGUACUUCCGGUCGAGCAGCCGAGGGUCCGGACCGCGCCGCUGGGUGGGGGCGGGGUCGCGGGCGGCCAGGGGCCUCCUGGCUACACCCAACAGCACAUGCACCCGGGUGGGCCCGCGUCGGGGCCCACCGGCCUCGCCCCCGGACACGGCCAGACGCCCGGGAUCGGGUGCAUAGGCGGCCAGGGGCCUCAGAACAGACGGAUGAACGCCAUCAAGACCAAUCAUCCCAAGGACGUUUCGUUCGCCACGAAAACAGAGGAGGACCGGAGGAACUCUAACCUGCGGACCAACGGGACCAAGAUAGCCGGAGGUUUGGGUUAA